GGUUAGUUACAACCACAUACUUGGAAGCCAGGUAUCAAUAAUUCUUCCUUUCUCUCUGCUUAUAUAAUUAAACCCCACCGCUCUUCUGUCGCCCUAACCUCGUCAUUCCCAUCUUCGUCUCCUCUCAUUUGCUCCCCGAACCCUGGGUAGAUUUUUUAAUUUUUUAACAAAUUACCCAAUUCAAUUCCCUCUCAAAAUCCCUAGAUUUUCUAUCCCUUUUCCUUUCAGAUUCUUGCCCAAUUACGGGAAUUUCGUCCAGUCAGGAGGGCAUGGGAAGGAUUCUCAGAGAAGCCACCAAGCCCUUUUCUUCUUCCUCUUCUUCGGCGUCUAAUUCGUCGACGACGACUUCCACUUCGAUCACGGAGACGGUGAAUGGGUCACACCAGUUCAAGAUCACGGCUUAUUCUUUAUCCAAGGGAUUGGGGAUCGGGAAAUAUAUUGCGUCGGAUACUUUCAAUGUAGGGGGUUACUCUUGGGCGAUUUAUUUCUAUCCAGAUGGGAAGAGCGUCGAGGAUAAUGCCACUUAUGUUUCUCUGUUUAUAGCGUUGGCCAGUGAAGGCACCGAUGUAAGGGCUCUUUUCGAGUUGACGCUGUUGGAUCAGAGUGGGAAGGAGAGGCAUAAGGUUCAUAGCCAUUUUGGGAGGACGCUUGAGAGUGGGCCAUAUACGCUUAAAUAUCGUGGAAGCAUGUGGGGAUACAAAAGGUUUUUCAAAAGAACUCUUCUGGAGUCAUCCGAUUACCUCAAAGAGGAUUGCCUUCAAGUUCACUGUAGUUUAGGUGUUGUUAAGUCACACACAGAGGGCCCUAAGACUUAUUCUAUAGCAGUACCACCUUCUAACAUUGGCCAGCAUUUUGGAAAACUAUUGGAAAGUGGAAAGGGAACUGAUGUAAAUUUUGAAGUUGAUGGAGAAGUUUUUGCUGCUCACAAAUUGGUACUUGCUACUCGAUCACCUGUAUUCAGGGCCCAACUUUUUGGUCCAAUGAAGGAUCAAAAUACACAGUUAAUAAAAGUUGAAGACAUAGAGGCUCCAGUUUUUAAGGCUUUACUUUAUUUUAUAUACUGGGAUUCACUACCUGACCUUGAAGAGCUUACUGGUUUGAACUCCAAGUGGGCCUCAACUUUGAUGUCUCAGCAUCUGCUUGCAGCGGCUGAUAGGUAUGGUUUGGAUAGGCUCAGACUGCUUUGUGAGGCCAAUCUUUGUGAGGAUGUGGCUAUAAACACAGUGGCAACUACACUAGCCUUGGCGGAGCAGCACCAUUGUUUCCAGCUGAAGGCUGUGUGUCUCAAAUUCGUUGCAAUGCCAGAAAAUCUGAGAGCUGUGAUGCAAACGGAUGGCUUUGAAUAUUUGAAGGAAAGCUGCCCGUCUGUCCUUACAGAACUCUUGGAGUACGUGGCUAGAGUUGGUGAACACACUGUGAUUGUGUGUAGGCAUGGGAAUGAAGCUAUCCUUGAUGGCAGUGACCUGAACGGGAGGCGGGUGAAGCAAAGGCUAUAGUGGAAAACUUCUAACUAAUUUUGGAAGCAUCUUAUUGGUAGCAAACAAAAUUGAAGAAACAAGUUGUAGGAGUAGAAAAGAUUUGCCACGUAUUAUGAAUUGUAAAACUUAUUUGUUCAUUUGGUGUCUAUGGUGGGCUUGCUUGUAAAGGUUUCCUUUUGUGGUCUUUUCCUUCUCUUUUUUUAAUUCCCCUUGAUUUUUUAACGCGCCUCCUUUACUUUUUUGUUGGAUGAUGCUGCUUCGUGCUUGUCGUUUCUCUGCAAUUCGAUUCUAGAUACAGUAAAAUCAAAUGAACAAUGUUGGGGUC